AUGGCGGGUGACGAGGGUGUCGAUCUGACAGCGGAGGCGAUGCAGCUGUCCGAGGUCAGCAAAACAGUGGCUGGAGGAGGCUUUGUCUACUCGCGCAUGGAUUGCAUCGGCAAGCAGAUUGGUCGUCUCGGACUUCUUGCCGAGUAUCCGUUCCUUCGACACCUGGACUUGUCACAGAACAGCAUCAAGGAUGCCAGUCCAGUGGGCAAGCUCCAACAUGUACUUUCACUCAACCUCUCGUCCAACGCAAUCCCCAAGCUGGACUGGGCGGCGCAGGAGCUUCCUCACCUGCUAUUCCUCGAUUUGAGCAACAAUCAGCUGCAGCAGCUGCCGCAGCUUCACAUGCCAGCGCUCAGGCGGGCCGACUUCCGCUUCAAUCAGAUUUCCACGUGCGCCGACUUCCAGGGCCAUGCAACUUUGCAGACGCUGCGGCUUUCAUCAAACCAGCUGGCUUCUGCAGCUGGAUUAAACAAAAGCCCAAAACUUGAGGUUUUGGAGUUGAGCGAAAAUUCGCUCGCCGACCUCAACGACGUUUACAGGCUUCCUUGCCUCUCCACGCUGGAGAUCUCCAAGAAUAAGUUUGAAUCGUUGAUCGCCCCCUGGCAUGAAAUGGCGGCCCUCAAAGUCCUGGACGUCUCCCAAAACGCCUUCGCCGAAGCGUCGGCCCUGAAGCCCCUGGAGGUGAUGAAAGAGCUCAGGAGCCUCGUUGUGGCGGGCUGUCCUCUUGAAGAGCAGGAUGGCGUAAACAUCCGCCUGGAGAUCCUCAUCUUUCAAGGGCAACUCCAGACACUGAAUGGUGAGGAAGUGACACCAGAGGAGAAGGAGGAAGCCAAGGCGCUCCACGAAAAACGCUUGGAGGAAGAGGCAGAAAGACUCCGCCAAGAAGAGGAGGCGAGGCUCGAAGCCGAAGCCGCUGCAGCCGAAGCUGCUGCCGCAGCCGAAGCUGAAGCAGCCCUGCAAGAAGGCUUUGCACCCCAUGUGGGUCCCUUGCAAAGCAAAAUGCACCGAAGAGAUCAUGGAGUUGCGCUGCGCAUUUGGCUGAGUUCUCGCGGGAUGGCUGCGGUCGACCUGGAGGGCUACCAAAGAGCGUGGCGAUUGCGGCAUGGCUCUGCAGACGACGAGCUGAUGCGCCAGGUCUUUGGGCAAGAGCUCGACGAACUGCAAAAGAAAAGCCCGCAGCUGCUGGACGUGGCGAGAUCGUACUUUCCCCACCUCACCUCAUCCACGUACGAGGCUUUGGCCCGAGAGCCCGACAGUUUGCGCCUGGACAAGGACCGCUGCGAAAGAGAAAUGGAGCAGCUGGCCGUGCAAAACUACAGCGCAUUCAUCGGCAGUGCUGAGGUCACGCAGGGAGUACGACAGGAGCUGUCGAGCAUUCAAGCCAGCUUGCAAGAGAUGGCCGAAGUCCUGGAGCCCGCCCAGGAGACCAUCUCCCAGCUGCAGGAUAAAGCAACAGGCCUGGGUGCACGGCGAGCUGCCCUGCGGAACGUGCUGACGCAGCACGGCGCUCUGCUCGAGCUCCUGGAGCUGCCUCAGCUGUUAGAUGCCUGUGUCCGGAAUCAGAUGUACGAAGAGUCCUUGGAGCUUCUUGCUUUUUGCAAGAGCUUGUUGCAAGCACAUGAAGCGCGCGGGGAAGACAUCCAUGUUUUGACGCACAUCAAGGAUCAGGUGGCUGUGCAAAGGACUAACCUCCGCGAUUCCUUGGCGGCGCAGCUCAAAACGGACAUCCAUCUUCCAGCCUGCGUGCGCAUCGUCGGCUUCUUGCGGCGGGUGCAGCGCCACUCCGAGGAAGAACUGCGUGAACUCUUCAUCGAGCAUCGCAGCAAGUUCCUGGAUACCCACAAGCAACAGGUUGAACUCCUGCGCCACAGCCGUGGCAGUGUGGGGACGGCACUGCGGAAUGCAGCUGAUCUGCUGCGGACGCACGUGUACGACAUCGGCACGCAGUACAAGGCUCUUUUCCCACAAGACGACGGACCCCUUGGGACUUGGCUCAACAGCCAGGUCACGUGGUUGAUGAUGCUGCUGCGCUACCAUGUGCUGCCCUCGAGUUCGAGUGCGAGUGGCAAAGGCUCCACGACGACACUCAGCGCAAAGAUCGACGCUGCACAGCUGACGACUGUCCUCCGACAGUGUGUCCAUGCAUCGUCUACGCUGAAGCGAUUAGGUGGGCAUUUCUUUCCCGCAGUGGCAGGGAUCUUCGAGGCACGCAUGGAGCAGUACUCCCGGGAGAUGCUAGACAGCGCCCUGCUGACCUUCCAUGCCGAGCUUGGGCGCUACGACUGGGUGCCUUCCACAGCCCUGGCAGGCGGCGCCAGCGAGGCGUCGGCGGGCUGGCUGCACCCACAGGCCUUAGAACUCACUCGGCACCGCCCGCUGGCGGUCCUUACCAACGACAUUGUUCAGGUCUUCAACGAACUUCGACAGUGUGCGCUCUACGGUCUUCGUGUCAGUGUCGUGACUCACUGCUACGAGUGCUGCAUGGCUUCCGUAAACCUGUUGCGGUCUGUCCUGGCCUCGCAAACCCUGCGACCAGGCUCGGCCAAGGCCGGCGAAUUCCAGAAGCUUUGCAGACACUUUGCCGACAUCCUGGUGCCCUUGGUGGCCUCCCAUCUUGAGGCUCUUUUCGGCAGUGCAGCCAGGCUGGACUCCGGCACAAUCGUGUCUUCGAUGGUGCCGGAUCUCAUCCAAGCGGAGGUUGAGUACAAACUCCCUCCAGAGGCUCCCGAGCAAGGCAACGUGCCGGCCGAGCCAGAGGCGAUUCGCCCAGCCGAUCCACCUCUUGAACCAACGCGGCCAGAGAUGCCAACAGAGGUGCCUACAACGUCGAGCGACACAUAG